CUUAACUACGAUUCUAUAAUAAUUCAGAGUAAAACUUCUUAGCACAUUGUCGGCAAGAAAAGCCAGAUAUCCAGCCAGCACAUUUAUACAUUGCAGCACGCCAGCUUGCAUGUCUACCGUGUGUCUAUCAAUAUCAACACUCUCAACUUGACCGUUCACUCAUCGUACUACAUUCUUCCACCUAAACCCCAAGUCCGUGUCCCCAUUGUCUCUUUAACUUUGCCCCAUUCUAUUUAAGGCGAAGCUUGCAUCCCACAAUACAGCACCCACUCGAUAGCUGUUGCCCUCAUCUCCUAUUGCUUUGAGUUGCUAUCUUCUCAGGUUCAUGUUUUGAGAAUCAUUCUUCUUCAUAAUAUAAACCCUAGUAACUAUGAGAAAUUUAGUUCUUCAAGAGCCUGAGGUGAGAGUGACCGAUGAUGUUACAAGCAGUUUGAGCUAUGCCUGGCAGUGCAUACGAGUUCCAGUCAUUGCACCACUUCUCUGGUUUGCAAUUUUCGUGUGUGCAGCAAUGUCUAUUAUGCUUUUCAUCGAGCGGGUUUAUAUGGCAAUUAUAAUCUUGUGUGUGAAGGUGAUGAGGAAGAAAAGAUACACCAAGUAUAAGUUGGACACCAUGAAAGAAGACCUAGAGCUUAAUAAAAGCUACCCCAAGGUGUUGAUCCAAAUUCCUAUGUAUAACGAAAAGGAGGUUUACAAGCUUUCCAUUGGAGCAGCAUGCAGUGUUUCAUGGCCUUCUGAUCGCUUCAUAAUUCAGGUUCUUGACGACUCCACCAAUGAAGCCUUGAGGGUGAUGGUCGAGUUGGAGUGCCGGAAAUGGAUAGACAAAGGAGUGAAUGUGAAAUAUGAGACUAGGAACAACAGGAAUGGCUACAAGGCUGGUGCUCUUCGGGAAGGUUUACAGAAGCAAUAUGUUGAAGAUUGUGAGUUUGUAGCAAUCUUCGAUGCAGAUUUUCAGCCAGAGGAGAAUUUUCUUUGGAGGACCAUUCCUUUCCUGCUAGAGAAUCCAGGGUUGGGCUUGGUUCAGGCUAGAUGGAAAUUUGUGAAUGCGGAUGAAUGUCUAAUGACCCGACUCCAGGAGAUGUCACUAGACUAUCACUUCAGUGUUGAGCAAGAAGUGGGCUCCUCGACAUGUUCCUUCUUUGGGUUCAACGGUACCGCUGGUGUUUGGCGGAUUCAAGCAAUAAAUGACGCUGGCGGAUGGAAAGAUCGAACCACAGUGGAAGACAUGGAUCUUGCAGUCAGGGCUAGCCUUAAGGGUUGGAAAUUUCUCUUCGUGGGGGAUUUAUCCGUGAAAAAUGAACUACCCAGUACCUUCAAGGCAUAUCGAUAUCAGCAGCAUCGCUGGUCUUGUGGCCCAGCUAACCUUUUCAGGAAAAUGACCAAGGAAAUCAUUCUCUGCGAGAAGGUAUCAACCUGGAAGAAAUUUCAUGUCAUCUAUGCAUUCUUCUUUGUGAGGAAGAUAAUCGCGCACUGGGUCACUUUCUUCUUUUACUGUGUGGUUAUCCCAUUAAGCGUUUUAGUUCCUGAAGUCGCUCUCCCAAAGCCGAUAGCCAUUUAUAUUCCAGCAACCAUUACAUUUCUAAACGCAGUCUGCACUCCCAGGUCUUUGCAUCUGGUUGUCUUUUGGAUCCUGUUUGAGAAUGUCAUGUCACUCCAUCGAACUAAGGCGGCAAUUAUAGGACUUCUAGAAGCCAAUCGUGUCAAUGAAUGGGUUGUGACUGAGAAGCUAGGCAACCUAAUGAAACAAAAGAAUGCCAAAGCAUCAAAGAAAUCACGAUCUCGAGUAGGAGAAAGGAUCCAUUUAUUGGAGCUGAUAAUGGGGAUGUUUAUGCUACACUGUGCAAUCUAUAAUCUCCUAUUUAGAGAAGACCAUUUCUUCAUAUAUCUCAUACUGCAAGCUGGAGCUUUCUUCAUAAUGGGAUUUGGAUACGUGGGGACAUUUGUAUCCAACUAGAGCAUAAGACAACCUGGGUCAAGCCAUGGACAGUACAAAAGCAUAGAGAGCAGGCAGAUCAGUUCUUUAGAUGCGUGUAUCACUAAAGGGGAGAAAAUGGUUAAACAUACCUAGUAGAGUAUUAGUGUACAAGAAAAUGGUUAAAUCUACCUAAUGGAGUAUUAGUGUAUGUGUGUUUAGAAUAGUUUGAACAGUUUCUCAAUCUUAUAUUCCCACAUGAUAUGUUAUAGAACAGCAACUGAAUAUUGUGUUGCAAGUAAAUGUGUUGCCUAGUUUGUUCUUGAAGAUAAAUUUCUUCCAUAUAUGUGUCGUUUCAUUAGUAAAUGACUAUUAUUAUAUAUCAAUCAAUGAAGAAACCUGAAAGGACUGUUGAUCUA